UGCACUAAUAUGAUACAUUGUGAUAAUAAGAUUCAAAGACGUCAUUACUCACUACAAAUCCUAUCUACAUCUCGCCAUUGUCUCGACAACACACCCAAAAAAAAAAGGCAACAAAUUAGGAGUACAAAAAUAGCCUCCACGGCUCCACCUCAUAACAUUUGUUGUUCCCCAAGUAGAAGAAGGCGAGGCCACACCGCCACACACCCCAGCUUCAACUCCUUUCUCGUGUAAUUGCAAACCUAAUUACAAAACAAACUAGGCAAACACAUGAACUGCUGCAACACCAAGAAAUGGAAGCAGAAAUAGGAAUUGAGGGUUUAGGGGAUCUAGCAAUUCAAGUAAUCCUCUCAAAAUUAGACCCAAAUCACACUGCUAUUGUUUCUUGUGUUAACAAGAAAUUCAAGGGUUGGGCUUCUGAUGAUUUUUAUUGGUCUAAUCACUGUUCCCGAGACCUUAAUAUCUCUACCCCCAUUGACCCUCUUGGCUCCCCUGCUCCUUCUUAUAAGGUAGCUUAUCGACUAUGGAGGGAAGCUUUCAUUAUGUAUCCCUGGCCUCUUUUCAAACGUGUCAAAAGGUGUUGGGAUAGUCUUAAAAGUUGGUUGGAAAGCAAUUUUCCGGAGGUGCUUGCAACUUUGAGAAAGGGUGCAUCUGAGGAGGAGUUAAAUGAUGUGGAGAAAAGCUUAAAAGUGAAAUUGCCUCUUCCAACAAGAUUAAUUUAUCGUUUGCAUGAUGGUCAGGAAUAUUCGGAGAACCUGUUGGGUCUUAUUGGAGGGUACUUUGUGUAUAACCACCUGGUGAAUGUGAACUUACUACCUUUAAGGCAUGCUGUUAUGGAGUCACAGAGCAUAAAACGUGACUUAGGUUUUUCUAAUGCUUCCAAGUUUAUUGCUGUAGCUUCCUCUGUUAAAGGAAGUGAAAAGGUCUUCUGCCUUAAUUGUGUAAAUAAUCAACUGUAUGUUGGCACCGCUAUGCUUAGAGAAGACGGUGAAAUGAUUCCUUGUGUUCCUGAUGCAUUAUUGAAGUCUAGUAGUAAUCAACAGUGUGAUGGAGUGUUAUUGUGGUUGGAAGAACAUAACCGUCGUUUACACAGUGGUAUGAUUACAGUUCUUGAGCAAGAAAAUCUGAAGAGCAUUAGUCAGUUUCCAGAAAAACCACCUCUCUGUUCCACUGCUGUGACAAAUGGUGUACAGGUCCGUGCAUCUGCUGUGCUUGUUCCAGAGCAAAGUGAGCUUGUAAGCCCCAAAUUUAUGUUUGCUUACUCGAUCCGGAUGUCCCUUUUGCCUGAGGGAUGUAAAGUACAUGGAAUGACAUACGAUUCUUGUCAACUUCACCGGAGACGUUGGAUCAUCCGAGAAAAUGAGGUUGUAAUGCACGAUGUUAAUGGAGAAGCUGUCAUAGGAAAGUACCCUUUGCUGCUUCCCGGUGAGAAAGAAUUUGUAUACGAAAGCUGCUCAAAUCAGCAGCGUACACCUGGUUCCAUUGAAGGUUCUUUUACAUUUGUCCCUGGAAGAUUGGCACAGCCAAAAGGUGAUCCGUUUCAGGUUGAAGUGGCUCGAUUUCCGCUUGUUAUGCCAGACUACAUUUUCUGAUGGACACUUCUUAAGAAUAAGUUCCAUGACUCCAUCAUUCAUCCAACAUUGUGUGACUAGCAUCGUCAUCGUCAUUUGUAUCAUAGUUCCUCAUCUUCUUAACUUCAACUUAGUUUUGGGUGCUCUGUAUACUACAAAUGUGGAUUGUUUGCUUUUGUGAGUGGCUUGUGAAGUAAUAACAGGCUUUUCUGUUUGCCUGCUUAAGCCUAUCUAUUGAAGUAAAGUUCCUUCAAUUCACUUUAUUA